UGAUUUCUUACUCCAAAUUGUUGUCACCUCCUGAGAUCACCUUCAGAACCGGAAGUUAACAUGAACAACUGUCGUCGUCUUCUUCUUUGUCUUCUUUAAGUUUUAUUGGCGAAUCGCAACCAACUGACAGAUGUCAGUGGUUCAGAUGGUGAAGAUCGUGGGUCUGGGGGCUGUGGCCCUCACUCUCAGUGUGGAGUGGUUGGGCUGGCUCUUCUGUCGCCUCUGGCCCAGGAAAAUAUCCAGAGGGCCCCUGAAAGAAGUGUUCUUUUUCCCUACAGAGGUCGCCUGCACUGAGCGUCUCUUCACUCCUGACUCACCAUUCCCCUGCCCCUGUCCCUUACCCCACAACGUCAACACCUCCUUCACCCGUCUCCUGGGCCACAUCCUGUCUGCCUCCUCCUCCUUGGACCUGUGUGUGUUCGCCUUCACCAACCUGGAUCUGAGUCGGGCCGUGCUGGCCCUCCACGCCAGGGGCAUCCCCAUCCGUAUCCUCACUGACAUGGACUACACCCUCAUCACUGGCUCCCAGAUAGGGGCCAUCCGCAGAGCAGGCAUCUGUGUGAGGUGUGACUCCGGCGCCGUCCACAUGCACCACAAGUUUGCCGUGGUGGACGGCCGGCGCCUAAUUACCGGCUCCCUGAACUGGACCCUGACAGCCAUCCAGAGCAACAAGGAGAACAUCCUAGUCACGGAGGAACCAGACCUAGUCCUGCCCUUCAUCACUGAGUUCCAGAGGCUCUGGGAUGUCAAUGACCCGGCUAGGAGACACCUGCCGUCCAUCGCUGAGAAAACUGCUAGUUUAGUACUAUAGAGAGACUGAGAGAAACAUGGCUGAAAUGUUUGUAUGGUGCAGUAGCUAGUGGUUACUUUUGGUUUACCAACUGGUACGGUGAUUAUGUCGAAUUUUUAAAAAUAUUUUCCAUUUGUGAGAAACCUGCUAGUUUAUUACUAUGGAUAGAAAGGUGUAUGGUCCUUAUCCGGGACAAACAUGUCCAAAUACAAAUUGUGUUUAUAUAAGUGUAGUGUGGUACAUUAGGUUGAGCAGUACUGGUCAAGUACAUGAUGUAUAAUUUGGGUAGUUUGCUAUCUAGUAGUUUUAUAUAUAUAUUUUUUCAAUCUCAGAGAAACCUGCUCAUCCACAUCUUAUCAGAGAAACCAGCUUUCUUUGCCAUGUAGAUAGACUGAGACAAACAUGGCUUUUAUCUGUAGUUUCCUACUUCAGUAGAAGUAAUAUAUUUUUGACAGAUAAAUCGCUGCUUUCCACUGGUGUGGGGAUGAUGUAGGUAGUUUGAUAUUUUGUACUUGAACGUUUUUUUUUAUAGUUUUACAUUGUUUACAUUGAGGUAUUUUGUUAUUGUAUGACACAAUGUUGUAUAUAUUUUAAUACAAAGUAAUUAGAAUUCUGUUUUCAUUUUUUUUUAAUGUUAUAUUGGAUAACUAAAAGAUAGGAAUUUGUUUUGUAUGUUAAACGUUAUAUUUAAAAUAGGAUUUGAUAACAGUAUUUAGAUAAAGAUAGAAAUAGUGAGAAUACUUAAUGUUAACUCAGUCCAUCCUAUGGCUUAUCAUUAAGAGCCAGACAACUAUGCCCAGUCAGAACAAUUGAGAUAAGUGGUGCAUUGCAGUCAUGCAGAAGAUAUUUGUAAUGCUUCUCAGAGCAUACAGCUCCAAUUAAAAACCCACUCAUCC